UAUUGGACCUUUUCUAGUAUAUUCCAAUUGAAAUAUUUUAAAGAAUCUUUCAAACAAAACCAUUAGACCACACUUCUUUCUCCUAAUCAAAAGAACACUUCUUUCUCCUAUAUAUAUAUAUUAAUUAAUUUUUCCUAAUUACCAUCUACUCUUAUUUCAUUCUCUCGCCCACAGUAACUUUCCAAUUCGUAGCAAUGGGUGGUCCCGAAGCUAACGGCACGGAAACCGAGAAACCAACACAAGCGGUUCAACUGCAUAGUGAUUUUAUUUUACCUGAAAAUCCCGUUAACGGUUAUGAAACCGUUACUAACAACCAAAGUAGUUACAGUGAUGGCGGUGCAGAUAGCAAAAACGAUGGCCACGUAGGGUUUAUUCCUCCUCAUUCACUUCUCCCGACGCCGGUACCACCGGAGGUUUUUCAAAGAAACAAAAACGAUGAAUCUCCGCCGAGUAUCUUCGUCUCCAGCACUAUGCCGGAUUUCGGAAGCUUCAUCCGUCAGCGGAGCAGUGAUUUAUCGACCGCGAUUGCAAAACGAGUUUCAUCGUUUAGAAAAUCCAUGGAGGAGAGAGAGGAGAGCGAUGAGAACGAUAUGAUCAAGAAUAACGAUCGGAAUCAGGAAGUGACGGAAUUCAAUCUUUCAGGUCUCAAGGUUGUUGUGAAGGUGAAACCGGAGGAAGAACCAGCGAUGAAAGGGAGGAUAACGUUCUUCUCGAAGUCCGGAUGCAGAGACUGUACGGCGGUGAGGAGAUUCUUCAAAGAGAAAGAGCUGAAGUUCGUUGAAAUCAACGUCGACGUGUUUCGCGAGAGGGAGAAAGAGCUACGAGACAGAACAGGAAAUACUACUGUUCCGAUGAUUUUCUUCAACGAGAAGCUUAUCGGAGGGUUAGUCGCGUUGAACUCGCUUCGAAACAGCGGAGAGUUUGAUCGGAGGUUGACGGAGAUGGUGGUUGAGAAAUUUGCUGGCGAUGAUGCACCGUUACCGCCUGUCUACGGUUGUGAUAAUAUCGAGGAUGAUCGAACGGAUGAGAUGGUUGGACUUGUUAGUCUUUUACGGCGGAAAUUGUUCGUUCAGGAUUGGUUGAGGAGAAUGAAAAUCGUUAAGAAUUGUUUCGAAGGGAACGAGUUUGUGGAGGUUGUGAUUCAACACUUCAAGUGCGCGCGUAACGAGGCUGUUGAUAUUGGAAAAGAGUUAUCCAGAAAGCACUUCAUCCAUCAUGUUUCCGGGGAUAAUGACUUUGUAGACGGAAAUAACUUGUAUCGUUUCCUUGAGCAUGAACCAUUUACCCCAAAAUGCUUUAAUUUCCGUGGUGCCGUAAAUGACAAUGAACCAAAGGCAGCAGCUUCAGUUUGCGACAGGCUUACCAAGAUUAUGUCUGCCAUUCUUGAGUCUUAUGCUUCUGAUGAUAGACGACGUGUUGAUUAUGCGGCCAUUAGCAAAAGCGAAGAAUUUCGUAGGUAUGUAAAUAUGACUCAGGAUUUGCAGCGAGUCAAUAUCUGCGAACUAUCGGAAAAUGAGAAGCUUGCCUUCUUCUUAAAUUUAUAUAAUGCCAUGGUCAUACAUGCUGUCAUUAGCGUAGGGAGCCCAGAAGGUGUAAUUGAUAGGAGAUCCUUCUUCAAUGACUUCCUGUAUUUGAUUGGAGGACAUCCUUAUUCUCUUGCCAUUAUUGAAAAUGGUAUUCUCAGAUGUAAUCAGAGGUCACCAUAUUCCAUAAUGAAGCCCUUUAGCACCGGAGAUAAACGGUUAGAGGUUGCUCUUGUCAAGUUGAACCCGUUAUUCCAUUUUGGACUUUGUAAUGGUACAAAAUCUAGCCCAAACGUGAGGUUCUUUUCACCCAAUAGAGUUGUAGAUGAAUUAAGAGGUGCUGCAAGAGAGAUCUUUGAGAAUGGUGGCAUUGAAGUGGACCUAGAGAAGAGAACUGUUCAUCUCCCACGGAUUUUCAAGUGGUUCAGUGGAGAUUUUGGACAAGAGCAAGAAAUACUCAAGUGGAUAGUUAAUUACUUGGAACCAAAUAAAGCAGGUCUAUUGACACAUCUCUUAAGCGAUAGUGAACCAGUUAAUAUAUCUUACCAGAAUUUCGAUUGGUCGUUAAAUUCUUGAAUAGUGAUGACCAGAUUUGAUUCUUCCAUCUUAUCCCAGCCAAAAGAAAUAAUUUAAGUGAUACAUUAUCAAAGCAGAUAGUUCAUUAGUGCUCUUAUCAGUAUUGCAUUACCACUUAUGCAGAUCAAUAGAAAUUCUAGAUAGUACAAUUAAAAUUGUUACUGUAUUAUUCUUUCAUAAAAAAAGAUUUGAGUAUGAUGAAUAAAUAUUAGGAACAUAUUCUGUAGAGGAAUUACUAGAUGACACUAUAUACUGCAUUGGAGGUUAGGAAUCUUUUGCAGGACUAUUAUCUUUUUCUACUGUUAAAUUUUAUACCAUACAGGCUUAAAGGCUAAAGCUAUACUAGUAUUUUGUAACUUA